UUCUUGGCUCUCUACCACGCGUUGUUCAGUCUCAAGUCGCAACAUUAUUUGUCCUUGGUCAACACCGCCAUGCCUCGCGUUUGCACGACGUCCGUCGUCCUGGCGCUCGCGCUCCUCCCGGUGCUGGUCGCGACGGCGGCGGCGGCAGCCACCACCGUCUACCGCCGCGUGGCUCCGUCGCCCGGCGGCCACGAGUGCGGCGCGCAAGGCACGUACGCUCCCAACAGCACCUACGAAGCCAACCUGCGGGCGCUUGCCGCCACGGUGCCCGCCCAGGCGAACGCGUCCUCCUGCAAGUGCUCGCCGGGCAACCAUGCCGGCGAACGCCCCGACAUGGUCGCCGCUUCGGUCUACUGCUACUGGCGCCCCGACGCGGGCUGGUCGCCUGACUGCGGCGCCUGCGUCGCGCGCGCGUUUGGCGAGGCGCAGCGGCUGUGCCCGUACCACAGGCAGGCCAUGGUCGUGGUUGACGGCGGCGAGUGCAGCGUCAGCUUCCAUGACGUUCAGCAGAUGGAGCAGAGCAUGGGCCUCGGCAGCCCCAGGCAAUUUGCAGUGCUGCAAAAGCAGGACGGGGAUCAUGUAUCAUUCCUUGAUUUUUGCCAAGAUAUCAAAGAACUGACACGCUAUAUGUCCGAGCAUGAAAAGUUAGAAUUGAAGAACUUUACUGGGCAAUGCGAAAGAUGCAAGCAUCAAGCUCUGAAGUCACCACGACGCCUCAUUAUGUGAAGGAUGUAUCUAUGACACUAGUGUUUCAUCAGUUAUGUAAUGUGUGGUUAGGAUUACUGUUGCUGCUCUGCUGUAUUUGCGAUGGUGUAAUGGUUUGGCGUUGGUCCAUAUGAGCAAAUGAGAGACUGCAUAUUCUCUACAACUCAAACAAAAUCACUCAGAGAGUCAGAGGACCCAGUCGUGUCAAAAUACCUUUUCCCCCAAAUGAGGUUUUCUUUCUUUAUGCUAAUUUGUGCAGUGUUUAUGCGCAACUAAUAUAACAAUGAUGUACUAACUUCUAGUAAGUAAACUUGCUUCAGACAAGACGAUGUUUGUCUUGUGUGAAACAUCAAGUUUUGCU